AUGGCAUCAUUCAAUGCUUGCACCAAGAAGGGCAAGGACAAAGUCACUGAGAAUAUUAAUUCAGAAGAUGGCAUAAACGACUUGAGUUAUGAUGGAGUUUUCGUAGUAGACGAGAGAGCGAUAGAUGAGGACGGCGGAUAUUUCGACGACGAAGAUGUCGAAGUCGAGGAAAACAUCGAGGAUGUUGAGAGUUCCAAGUACGGUAUGAUGGCUAUCGUCGAAAGAAGCGAAGACGACUUAAGGCCCUGGGAGAAACCACUCAGGCCACUACACGAGUACUAUUAUGGUGCAAAAGCUGCGCGCCUUCCUCUUCUUUUUCAGAAGUAUCGAGAUCGACAAAUUUCGGCCCGUGAUCUCGUAAAAGAGAUUGAGAAGUUAGGAAUGAACCUCUUCAAAGAUAAUACUCUUCAGAUGAAGCGUUGCCGCAACUCUAGGGGUCCCCUUGUUUUCAUGAUGUGUCCAUUGAUGGAUGUCAAAAUGGACUUAGACGCAGAGUUAACUAGCAAAGAGUUAUUCACUCAUAGCUUCGUCAGAUUCAUCGAAAGUUACUUUGGACGAAAGGUUCUUGCUCUUAAUGUUCUUUGUGAUUGGCUGUCGUAG